GUUCCUCUCGAUUAUUUGCUUACGUACCGGUGACACGAUGCAGACACGUGGAUCAUACCAAUGAGAAGCCGACACGUAUUUACGCCCCUGUGCUAUCCUCCCGACGUCGCUACCCCGCUACUUUUCUCUGUCAUUUAUCCAAAGUAAUUACAAUGGACUACACGCUGCUCCGUUUGCUUUUUCUGCAUCUUACGAUUCUCUUGCUUCACAUAAAUUACACCCAAGGUAAGGGGGCACAUCAUGUAACCUAUGGUUCUGUAAUCAAGUUGAUGAAUACAGAUUACAACUCAAGAUUACAUUCUCACGAUGUAAAGUAUGGAACUGGUAGUGGACAGCAAUCAGUAACAGCCAUUGAGGCCAAGGAUGAUAAUAAUUCCUAUUGGCUUAUUAAAGCAGAGUCUGGAAAAAUAUGCACGCGAGGGGAGCCAGUCAAAUGCAAUAGUAUUAUCAGAUUGGAACACAGUGCAACAAAGAAAAAUCUUCAUUCGCAUCAUGUCUCUUCACCUCUGAGUGGAAAACAAGAGGUAUCGGCAUAUGGAGAAAAGGGAGAAGGUGAUACUGGUGAUAACUGGCUGUUGAUUUGCUCAACUGAUUUCUGGGAGAGAGAUGAUGCAGUUGUGUUAAAACACAUUGAUACUAAUACGUUUUUAUCUGUCAGUGGAAGAGUUUAUGGUUCCCCAAUUAGCGGUCAAAUGGAGAUAGUAGGCGAGUAUUCUUCGAACAGUCCUCAUACAAUGUGGAAGGCAAUGGAGGGUAUGUUUAUUCAUCCCAGUGACUUCAAAGCACAGCAUCAUCACCAUACAGAAUUAUAAUCUUUAUAGCGAAAACUGUAGGCUCAAUUUAUAAAUGAAUGCGGCCAGUUGUCUAUCACAGUUCAUCUAUCGCAAAGCUCAACUUUCAUGUGAGCAUCAUAAUAAAAUCAAUAUAAAAAUCUCACUAAAAUGUCAAUAAAACCUUAAUUAUAUAUUAUUAAUUUAUAUUUAUUGAUGAUUAUCUGUUUAGUACAAGUUGAGUUUUUUUUCUCUUUUACCUUGCUUUCUUAGCAAUUCCAAAUGUGCGGUGAUCAUAAGAGGUGUAUCUUUGUUUUGUCGCGUGUAUGAAUGCGUAAAUGUGUUGUACAUAUUACUACUGACAUAUGUAUUAUAUUAAGCCGGUGCAUAACAAUAAAGUGUAUUAGUAUAUUGA